UAUUCCUCUCUCUCUGCCUCUUCUUAUUUUAUCACCAUCUUUUUCUCAUGGUUCUCCUCUCGGAGGGGAGGGGGCAGAGAAAGGCGAGGUUCUGUUGUCAGAUCUGUCAGUCUAGCCAGCCUGGCCCCUCCCACCUCAGUGGAGGCAUUACAUACUGCUGGUGCUCGUGCUCUUAGCAACGGUGCCUCAGCAACAGAGCCACGGCAACAGAGCUCCACGGCAACAGCGUGCCGUGUCUCCCCAAUGGAGCUGCCAUUGGGCGGACCAGCGCUCAGGCACUACACCCAGAGCAGACCGCGACCCCACCGACAAAAACUGAACUAUCGUCCGAGCAGACCGCAGGAGACAAUAAUUGAGAGUGAAAAUGAAGCCCUUGAGUUCAUGGGGAGGGUGGAUGAAGGAGUUGAAGAGUUCUUUACUAAGAGAGUACUUCCUACUGAUACACUGAAAAAGCAAGAUGAGGAAUCUAUCAUAGUGCACGAAGUGGCUCCUGCCAGCUCUGUCCCUUGUCCACCCCACACGAAAACUCUCAGGAGGAAGCUUGGUGAUUUCUUUACGCUGAAAAAGAGACGAGGUCUGAAAUCAGAAACAAGCCAAGAGGGGCGUCCCAAAAAGGCCUCCAUUGCUGAUUUCAUCCGCCCGCUCAGGGAGGUCGCCAGAGCCGAGAAAGAAAAAGAUAAGGACCGAGUGAAGGAACACGACAAGGAGAAUGAAAAGGAGAAAGCGAAAGAGCAUCCCAGCGCUGUUACUGGAGAGUCAGCUGUUCAGGAGACACCUGUUUCCGGUGCCCUGCCGCUGAGGGGUGAAGCGGUGCCUCCCCGCCGAGCUCUCAGAGAGGGGAAGUCCCAGUCUCUCAUUUUGCUGUCUGGAUCAGCAGCAGCAGGGACCACUAAUGCCAGAAACACUGCAAAGAAACAAUUCGAAGGCCAACAUAGCUUUGAACAGAAACUCCAUCUCAUGCUUCAACGUAUUGGAGUCUCCAAAGCCCAGCCAGGAGAGACACAGAAUCAGGAGGGAGAGAUGAAAAAGGCAGAAUCUGAAGGUACAAUCAUUGACAGUAAACCUGAGCCACCACCUACUUUCACAAAACCUCGAACGAUGUCUGCUUCGUCAGAUACAAGGCAUCAAAUCCGCCCAAGUGUGUCAGCACACGAGUCAGCUGGGAAACCCGCUUUGCUUCCAAAGCCAGUUCUCAAGCCAGGUCCACCCCCCACAACAUCUGGCCGCAACACACCUGAGAACGAGCUAGCCCAAAUACAAGAAGGGGAGACAAACACGCCUACUAAACUGACUCCAACUGCAACCCCGUCUACCCCUGCUGCUCCUGCCCUCACUGCUACCACCACUCCUACUGUACUGACAAUCUCAAACUCGGUCCCUGACUCAACCAGUUUUACGAUCUCCCCUUCAAGUACUGUACUGCCCUCUGACGCAGAUAUAUGCACUGACUCUGUUAACCCCACUGCAGCAGCUACAACACCCACGAAUGUUACAGAGCUCGACAGCAAACCCUCUAUCCCUGAAGCUAAUGCUACUACCACUGAACUACCCACCACUACCUUUCCAACAACCCUUACAAGCACCACUACACCCACAGAGCCCCUCGCCACUGUCUCAGUUACUUCCAUUUCCUCUGAGUCCAUUACUCCAAGCCUCUCUGUCACUUCCAACUCCACAACAAUAGCUACGCCUUCCAUUACCACCUCAGACACUGCUUUUGCUCCCUCCAAUGAAAGCCCGGUUUCCACAAAAUCCACAAAUCUGUCAACUAAAUCGACUUUCCCGGAGCCAAAUGGUGUUCUCUCAGUUGAUGCUACUCCUGCUGCUGGUGGCGAUGCAGCUAUUUCUGUCGUCACCACAGCUUCUUUACCCUCCACCAGCAUAUCAGACAUGUCUGCUACCACCAGUUCAGUUACUGAAGCUGAUUCCACUUCAGUCACCUCUGCUAGCUCUUUAGUUUCAUCAGUCACUAAAACAACAUCUCCUCCACCUAUGCCAAGUGAUACCAUUACACCCGAUGCCCCCCUUACCUCUUCCUACUCCCUGGUCUCCUCUGCCCUUCCUCCCACCAGUUCCACCUCUUCCACCAUCACUACAAGCCCAACAUCUACCAACUUCAUGGAUUCAAUCUCUGCUUCCAUCACUCACCCAGCCACUCCUAGCCCUGCUGAUAUCUCUGCUCCCUCCACUUCUUCCAGUGAAACAAACCCUACAGACACCACUACCACCACCACCACCAGUUUAAACCGUGCAGAUGCCACUUCCACCACCAGUUCGGCAACCACAGCCGCAAUUAGCUCCCCUCUCCCGACUGACUCAGACCCACCUUACACUAACAACGACAGCACUACCCUCUCACCAACUAUCUCUGGCCUCCCCACUCCUGACAACUCAAGUGCUACUUCUCACAAUUUGACUGGUCCAGCACCCUCUAAUCCAGGGCAAGAUAAUGAUUUACAGUCAUCUUCUGAAGAAAGAUCCAGUGUAGAGCCCGCAGAGAAGGACACAGCAGAUGAGGCGCUCGAGAUGGUUCAGAAUAUCAAGCAAACCGAUACGGACGAGAGCAAGAAAGUUGUCGACGGAGGGAAGGAGAGUGAGAAUGGAGAGGAUAAACCAGCUCCGGUCAGUAGCGAAGUGAUAAAGAAGGAAUUGCAGGAAGAAAGGGUGAAACCUGAAGAAUACGAAGUGAAAACAGAAGUGGGAAUGGCUGAACCUGCAUCAGGGAAAGAUGGCGAGCUGUUCAGUGAUGAGGGAGUGAUAGAAGGUCAAAAACAAGAAGAAACUAAGUCAUUGGCUGAGAAGUAAUUCAAAAAUAGAGAAAUUGCUAAAUACGGGACCAACUACUGUGACGGGGCAGGAGAGGCCACAGUAAAGGGUAAAGGAGGGGGGCAGACGAUCCAUGGCACUUCCUACAGGGACCACCACAUUACAGCAGCACACCACAUAGGGUGGGCCACUGGACCAAAGAACUGAGAUCCCCUUGGUGUGAUGUAAUCAGCAAAUCCAGCAGUGUCUUUGUCCUUUUUUAACUUAUGUUUGAAUUCUUGCAUUGCACGUAUGAUUAUGUACCAUAAGACAACUACUGUGGUAAAAUACACCAUGUUUACAAUAGAUG